UUGUAUCAAGGAGAGUGACAAGCAGGCAGCAUACAACUGAUGACGUGAAAGUCAUAUGGGGAAAAAACUGUGUGGAGAGACACGCCCAACUUGCAGUGAACAGAAAGUUCUCUGAAGUCUAACGAGUCUAAGAAUUAAGGCAGAAUUGAAUUGUUUGUGAAUUGUCAUGUAGCAUCCUGAUUGUACUAAAAUGUCCAGGACACUGAACUGCUAACUGUUGGUUUAUUGGAUAACUUGGAAAACGGCUGAAUGGAUCACCCUCAAAACAUGAGAAUUGUAUUGCUGGGCAAGAAUGAACUGGACAAUGCCUUAAUGGGAAACCUCAUUGUGAGAAGAGAUGCUUUUCAGACUGAAGGUCUCGAAGCGUCGGAAGAACAAGUCAGUGAGCGAGUCAGAGGCAAGGUAUGGGGCCGACUCGUUACCGUUAUCAACCCUCCUGACCUGUUUCGUGCAGAUGACACCCUGCUCACAGCCAGAGUGAAAGAGUGUGUGUUCCUAUCCGCUCCAGGGCCUCAUGCCUUCAUCCUUGUUCUGCGGCCUGGAAAUUUCACAGAGAUGGACAGACAAAAGGUGAAAUCUAUUUUGAGCAAGUUUGGCCAUGAGGCCUUGAGUUACACCAUUGUUGUGAAUGCACAACAUGAGUAUGCAUCUUUCUCGGAUAAAAGAGAGGAUCCUUUCUCCCUGAUGUUAAGAGAGUGUGACUUGAGACUUUACAGAUUUCACCAGAGUCCAGUUCUUCAUCUCUUUGAUAUUGUUGACCGUAUGAUGGAGAAAAACAGAGGGUGUCAUCUCGCAUGUGCCGAUACUGACGGUGCCACCACAGGGACCUCACCUCAGCCAGGUGGGAAACACACAAUGAAAAGAGGAAGAGAGGUUGAUUUGGCUGACAAUGGAGAAGGGAAGAAGAAGAAAAGAGAUGAAAAAGAGAUCAUACAGCAGGGACAAGGAGUUAUGGUACAGGUUCAACAUAAACUUGAGGAGAAACUCAGACAGCAUGGCUGCUCCAGUACAACACUUACUGACUACAUUAGUGCCAGUAUUUGGGACUUGCAAAAGAUACCGUCAAAGAAAACUACCGUUGGAGUGUUUGGACCAACAGGUUGUGGGAAAAGCUCCUUGCUAAAUGCCAUCCUUGGAGAGCCUGACCUGUUACCAACAGGGUCAUUGGAAGCCUGUACAUCAGUAAUCAUACAGGUGGAGGCCAAGACUGGGGGAAACUACAGAGCGACUAUUGAUUUAAUCUCAGAAGAGGAAUGGCGCAAAGAGCUGAAAAGCCUACUUAGUUAUCUGGAAGAGCCCAAGGACGAGAGGAAUGAACGGAUCUGCAAGAUGGCAGAAGACAAGAUUAAAGCAUUGUAUGGCCAUAACGCAAUUGGAAAAAGCUUUCUUGGACUUCUGAAAGGCAAUUGUAACGUUACUGAUCUGCUGAGAUCAACUACCAUAUCUUUCACACAUUCUCAGGCCCAGGCUCUCUCGAAACAAAUCAGACCCUAUAUUAGACAUCGCGAGGAUGACUUUGGGAAGCUGUACUGGCCAAUUGUGAAAGCUGUAAAAAUUGAAGUUCCUAAACAGAAAGAACUUCCGGAGAACAUUGUGCUUGUUGACCUUCCGGGAAAUGGAGAUAACAAUCAGACAAGAGAUGAGAUGUGGAAAGAGAUGCUGAGAGAGUGUACAGUUGUGUGGAUAGUCAGUGAUAUUAAUCGUGCCGUGUCUGACAAAGCUGCCUGGGAUAUUCUCGACACCAACAUGGCAGACAUGGUUGAGGGAGGAGAAUGCACCAGCAUUGCAUUCAUCUGCACUAAAACCGAUGCUAUGCAUGCACAGUCUUACAUGAGGUCAGAGGAACUCACAGAUAAAGAUCUGCAAGUCAGCAAUGAUACUGAGAGAAAACGGAAGUGUAUUCUACACAGGAAUAACAUUGCCAAGGAUCGAGUUGGGAGAAAGGCAUAUGAGAAUUACAACAUCAACCCUUUAGUGUUUACUGUGAGUUCACAAGAAUUUCGGUCAAAAGAACAUCUGCAACAAAAAGACACAGAGAUUCCAUAUCUCAGAGAGGGAAUAAAGACAUUUUAUGACAGUUACACCAGUAAAAGGGCCUCACAGUUUUUGUCAAGUGCCAUUGGGAUCCUGCACCUCUUUCAAGCGUCCGGAGAAAUGAAUGAAGACAGAUCUAGACUCCGCAGUGAGUUAUUGAAGAAGUUGGAUGAUGAAUUGCUGAGUUUGAGAAGGAACCGUUUACGCCCAUGCCUAUGUCACCUGGAGCGCUGCAUCACCGGUGGAGUUCAGCAGGCAGCAGAUCAAUCUGUUGAAAUAAUACGCCAACAAGUGAAAGCGCCGACAGGAAAAGAUGGAUGUGGUUUCCAUCAGACCUUGGGAGCCUUGUGCAGGAACAAAGGUUACUUCAGGGCAAAAGAUGGACAAACAAGAGACCUGAACAAGGCUUUGGCUGACGGAAUGCAAAACAGCAUCAAGGAGGAGUUCAAUACUUUGUUCUUAAAUCAGGGGAAAAAAGGACAAUCAGUACAGGAGAAGAUCAAUGAAUUCAGCAUCUGCUCCAUCAACGUCAACAAAGGCUACAGCAAGCCUGAAGCAAUGGAUCACAUUUUGCACUUUAUUGGAAAGGAAGAAGCCAAGCUGAAGGCAAGGGCACAUGGAUUAAUUCUGAAAACAAAGAAAGCUAUGUAUGCAUCAAUCAGAGAUACCAUCAAAGAAGAGAUGACUCCUGCCUAUGAAAGGGCUGAUGAAAAAAUUGGCACAAGAUCUAUGCUCAGAAAAACAAGUGUACUGGUGGAACAUGUAGAAUCACUGGGACGCACCAUGUUCAACAAAGCUAAGGCUAAGAUGUUAGGGUUGUUCAAUACAUUCAUGGACCAGAUAGAGUCAGAUUUCAGAGAUACACUACAGAAAGCCAUGGCAAAUGCAUUAACUGAAUCCCUCUCCACUUUCAACAUGGACGUCAGCAGUGAAAUUAAGAAGAUGGAGGAAUUACUGUGUCUCUUCAAUUGUCAACAGCAGAAGUCUCUAAGGCUGACAGCAACCUGAAGGAUACAGUGAAGGAUACAUUUGGGCACCUUCUCCAACUAAAUGAAACUUUUGGAGCUGUAGACCAGUGUUUCCCAACCUUUUUUUGUCUUGCGUACCCCCUAAGCCUUUUUGUCAUACCAUGAGUACCCCCUCACUCAUGCUCUAUAUCCCAAUGUGACUAUAUAUGCUCCAUACAUUUUUUCAUUUUUCCAAGUACCCCCUGCAAUGUGCUUGCGUACCCCUAGUGGUACACGUACCCCUUGUUGGGAAACACUGCGGUAGACCAUAUGCUUUAAUAACCAAUAGUUUAUCUGUAUGUAUACUGUACUGGUCAAGGCUUCCACCUGCUGCUCAUACACAGUAGGCCUAUAAGAGGUUAAAUGUUGUGUUGUAUGAAGUUGUAACUUUUGAUUAUACUUUUGUUUUGUGAAAUUUGGCCAAAUAAUAUUGGUUUGAUGUGUUAAUCAUUGUUAGCGAUGUUCUGCAUAUCUUGCGCUGUGUAAUAUAUUUUUUAAAUCGUUUAUUUCCAAAAUUCAUGCUGCCCAUUCACAAAUGUUUCCUUUACCCUCAUCAUUAAAUUGUGAGCAUUCAUUAUGACUGGGAAAAUGGAACUUUUCAUUCAUGAAAAGGUGGAUCUUCUCCUUGUCCACCAAAAGGGGGAUCUUACACAGUGCACCUUUAAAUAAAACAAGUUAGAAGAGGGGAAAGCCCAUAUCCGGACGGCACCAAGAAGCAAGAAGGACGACUGACCAUGAUCUGAUGGAUCUGGACCGAGGCAGCCUGACUCCAUGGAGGGUGUGAACUGCCAUUUUGCCAGAUGUUUGCCUCCCAAUUGAGAGUUUCCUCCCCUACAGUGUCCAGCUCUCGGCUUUCUCUGUCCCCAUUUCUCUCUCUUUCUCUCUCUCUCUCUGACUAGCUCUCUCAGCCCCCCCAUCAC